GUUUCGGUCGCGGUGGUGUGGUACCAUGCUGGGCGCCACAAGACGCGUGGUUGCGUUCAUUCCUCUGCUGGUACGAUCAGUGCGGCAAGUUCACGGAGAUGGCGGUGGCAAAGAGCUUUUACAUUUUUAUAAAAGCAGAGGCCAACACAUUCUCACCAACCCUCGAAUUCUCGACACCAUUGUUCGGAAAUCCGCAAUAAAUCCCACGGACACGGUCCUCGAGAUUGGACCCGGCACCGGCAACCUCACCCUCAAGGUUCUAGAGGCCGCUAACAAGGUUGUUGCCAUCGAAAUCGACCACCGCAUGGUCCAGGUUCUCAAGAAGCGCGUCCUGGAACGCGGCCUCCAAGGUAAGCUAACGGUUAUAGAAAGAGAUGCAUUGAGAAGCAAGUUUCCGCAGUUUGAUCUGGUAGUGGCAAACAUUCCCUAUGGGAUAUCAUCCCCUCUCGUGUUUAAAUUGAUGUAUGGCGCGACGCCGUUUAGGUCUGCCACUCUUCUUCUCCAGAAAGAGUUCGCUCGAAGGUUACUGGCUAGUCCCGGUGACUCCGAGUUUAAUCGUUUGGCCGUUAACGUUAAGCUUCUUGCUGACGUGGAGUUUGUGAUGGAUGUGAGCAAGAGGGACUUUCUCCCUUCACCAAAGGUUGAUUCUUCUGUGGUUAUAAUUCGCCCCAAGUCUCAGGUUCCCAAUGUGGAUCUCCGUCAGUGGAGGGCUUUCACCAGUACUUGUUUUGGUAACAAGAACAAGACACUUGGUGCCGCGUUUAAGCAAAAAAGGAAGGUUUUUGAGCUGUUCAAAAUCUCCAAUGACAAUGAUGUAUGUUCUGAUUGUGGCAGUGAAACUGAUGGUCACGAUGAAGGAGGCUUGACCUUGUUCAAGGAAAAGAUAAUGGGAGUACUUAGAACAGAAGGGUUUGAACAUAAAAGGCCUUCAAAGCUUUCUGUUGAGGAGUUUCUGCAUUUGCUUUCUUUGUUCAAUCAGGCUGGCAUAUAUUUUGAUGAUCCCCGUGGACCGCUCAGGAAUCAAGAUAGGCUCGAGGCUGAUGAUGACUAGUGCACCCCGUGGCCUAGUGAAAGUGAGAUACUUGUCGUGUAUAUCAUCAUCUCUGGUUUGUUCUUUUCACUUCCUUCUUUUGCAGCUGCGUAAUGCCAAGAAUGCAAGCCUCUUUGAUUUGAUGAUAUUUUGAGAAUAAAAAAGUAAUAUACACAUACACAAGGAGAAUAUGUGAGGGCACGUGAAGUGAGCAGAGAUAACUCUAACCAUUAAAUAUUCUGUGGUUAGUCAAAAUUAGUUUCGCAUAAAAUUUGUUUUGACUGUCCAUGUAUGAAUGAUCAAAAUAAACUCUUCGGCAAAAGUCAGAAGCUGUGUACCGAAAUCAUGGUACCAUUUUGAUAGUUUAGAAAGUUAUUUGUUGUUUCGAAGUUGCAGUAUGCUCGAAGCAAAUAGAAGAUUCAUUAGGUUUGGCAUUGGAUUCAAUUGAAGACUUUAUAGCAAGGUGUGCCUAACUUAUGGCUUCCUAGUUCCUACUGUUAAAAAAAAGGACUCUCGUACCUCUAUGAUUUAAAUUGUAGAUGAUCAGAUGUGCAUGUUACUCUACUGGUUUAAGUAUUUUGAUGGAAAAUCAAUCUUGAUUACCCUG